CCGCCGCCGGGACUGCUGCUGCCCUCCUACGCCUGCAGCCCCGGUAAGGGCUCCGCCGCCGCCGCCGCCGCGCCCCGCUUCAAGCUGCCCUUCCAGGUCACGCCGUCCCGGGAGAGCGGCCCCAGCCAGGCCGAGCGGCGGCUGGAGGCGCUGACGCUGGAGCUGGAGAAGGAGCUGGAGAUGCACAUGAAGAAGGAGUACUUCGGUAUUUGUAUAAAAUGUGGAAAAGGUGUGUAUGGAGCAAGCCAGGCAUGCCAAGCAAUGGGUAACCUCUAUCAUACCAACUGCUUCACAUGCUGCUCUUGUGGAAGAAGACUUCGAGGAAAAGCCUUCUACAACGUCAAUGGUAAAGUGUACUGUGAAGAAGACUUCCUAUAUUCAGGUUUUCAACAAACAGCAGACAAGUGUUUUGUAUGUGGACACCUCAUAAUGGAAAUGAUUUUACAGGCUCUUGGAAAGUCAUACCAUCCUGGCUGCUUCCGCUGCGUAGUAUGCAAUGAAUGUUUGGAUGGAGUCCCGUUUACUGUAGACGUGGAGAACAACAUUUACUGUGUCAAAGACUAUCACACGGUUUUUGCACCAAAAUGUGCUUCCUGUAAUCAGCCGAUUCUACCAGCACAGGGCUCCGAGGAAACCAUUCGAGUGGUAUCGAUGGACAAAGAUUACCAUGUGGAAUGUUAUCACUGUGAGGACUGCGGUCUCCAGCUCAAUGAUGAAGAAGGCCAUCGUUGCUAUCCUUUAGAGGGCCAUCUGCUCUGUCAUGGCUGUCAUAUUAGGCGCCUCAAUAUUAAAGUACCACCACAUCCUCCUCCAAGUUACCCGAUGCAUGUUACAGAACUCUGAAAGACAUUUUCUUCAGCAGUACAGUAAAUCAUUAGAGGAGAAGAUGGAAAAGCAAAAAAUGACUUUCCCAUUCCUUUAAAGAUGAAAUUCCUCUAAUAACCAGUUAAACCAGCUAAGUUAUUUAUUUUUUUAAAUUAGAGGUGAGGGGGCAUGUACAUAUGUUUUCGCUUACCUAGACAUUUUCACUGAGACACCAGCUACUUGAAAGAAAUAAUGCACCACUAACUGUAAACAGCAGCAUUUCUCAAUACAGUGGUACAAAGGGUUCUGUUCUGCACUCCCUAUUAGCUUCACUUCAGUGGCAGUUUCGCUCGGGUAAGGAGUGUAGAAUGAAUCCCCCAAAGUUAGCACCUUAUCAUAUCGCGGCAAGCAUGAUAAGAUAAAAUGCUAGCAGUCUAGCUAGUCCCAUUACAUCCUGGUCUGAGACAGUAAACAUUCUCACAUUUUUGGAAUACUUAGAUUCUCAGAAGUAGUUAAUAGGAAGCAAAGUCCAUUUAUUUUUAGUGACAGAAAUUUCAAACGUGGGUUAAUUGAUGGCAUUCUGUGAAGAGGCAGAAGCCAGGCUUUCCACACUUAUUUGAUUUUCAUAGUGAUCCAAUAGCAUGUCUGGCUUCCUGCAGGAACAUGGCAGGUGUCUUCUACAGGAAGCUCAUUAGAGAAGAACAUAUCUGCUUGAAGACUUAAGAUUGGUACAUGGAGGGUUAUGACAUGAAGAAAAUUAUGGUUCCCCAGGGUCACUAGCCACUUAGCUAUUUGGUUUUUCUAGAGUUCACAGUGACAUGAGAGUAGCCAUGGUUUCAAAGGCAGUUCUCAUAUUCUUCUGGUGAUUUGGCACUUAUGAAGCAAUUCAUCUUUUAAACCUGUUUUUUGUUAACAGGUUUAGCACCCCUUUUGGGGCUAUGCAAAGGGAUACUUCUGUGUCUCUGUAAUAUUUCUUUCAUACAAGACAUAGAAUCAUAGAAAAGUAGGGUUGGAAGGGAGCUCAGGAGGUCAUCAUUUGCUACCACCAGCUUUGCAUUUUUAUGUUAUCAUGGGAUAAAAAGGGGCAGCAGUUUUGUAUUAUCUUUUUCAGUUAGGUUAAAAAGUAAACUGAGAAAAGAACACGUAUUACAGUGGUCACCUACAUAUGAAAACCAAACAAAGUCUAGCAGAAAUAAGUUAGAGCUUCAGGCAUCUGAAACAUGGACAUUUUAUAACAAGUAUUAGAUGUACAUAGAAUGUACACACUUUCAUAUUUUACAUAAGCUUUUACAAUAACCUCAGAACUCUGGGGCAAUAUAUCUCUUCCAUAUAGGAAGUUAGAUACUUUUUUUAUAUAUUUUUUUCUACUGCGUGUUGAUGAUUUACACGCAAAUCACAUCUCCUUAAAUUUAAACAACAGUUCCUUGCAUUCUCGUGAGAAUUGAUCCGCCCUUCCCAAAAAAAUUAUGGUUUGAAAUGUGUCCAUCAUUCCUUUCCCUGAAAGUAUUUUGUAUUUUAAGUUAAAUUAAAUUAAAAUUCCUUUGCUGUAAAUUGGGUGGCAAUGUCAAGCCUGGUUCUUGGGAAGUAUAAAUGGACUGAGCUCCAUGGACUGCAAAAACACAAGGUCAGUGUACACCAACUGACAAUCUGACCCAUUGCUUUUAAAAUCAUCAUGUGUUGAGUCCAACAAAAUAAUGCAAUGACUGUUACUUGGCAAUACCAUUAAAGCAUCAAGUGCAGUUUCUAAGGUGCCAUUGAUUCACUAAAGCUAUUCUUGGUGUUGCUGAAAAGCAGAAGAGACAGCCAGUAGACUAAUUCCUCAAUAGGUGUUCCUAGUUCAUGAGAUUCUCAUUCCUUUAAUAGAAUUUUUUGAUCGCCAAAAGUAUCGUUAUGGUUUAAAGCACUGCAUCCUUUCCUGCUGGGAGGAGACAAAUGCAGCAAUUCACAAACUUCUGCUGAACUUCAAUCCACCUUUUUUUUUUU